AUGCAUUUCUCUGCUGUGACUGUGGCUACCUUUGCUGCGCUGGCCGCGGCCUCCCCUGUUGCCAGGCGCGGUCCCGCCAACACCGUGCCCUCGUGGGUCUGCGACUACUGGCCCAGCUACUCCGGCUGCAGCACCAGCACCUCCAGCACCUCGACGUCUGCUGUCACCGAGGUCCAGUACACGCCCAGCGCGAGCACCCCCUCGUCGGGUUCUUCUUCUUCUUCCUCCGGCUCUUCUUCCAGCGGCAACGAGUGGGUCACGCUCCACAACAACUACCGCCAGAAGCACGUCGACACCGGCAACGUCGAGUGGGAUGAGGAGCUCGCCGCCGGCGCCAAGGCGUGGUCGGAGAAGUGUGUGUUUGAGCACUCUUCGUCGAGCGGCGACUAUGGCGAGAACCUCGGCAUGGGCAGCGGUCUGACCGCCGAGCAGACGGUCGACAUGUGGUACGCCGAGAUCGACGGCUACAGCUCGUACUGGGGCAAGGACGACGUGCCCAUGAGCGUCAUGCACUUCACGCAGGUCGUCUGGAAGGGCACGACCAAGAUCGGCUGCGGUGUUGCUUCUUGCUCUGAUGGCAACCUCGUCACCUGCCGCUACAACCCGGCCGGCAACAUGCUCGGCGACUUCGCCGCCAACGUCGGCGAGCUCAAGUCCAGCUCGUAG